CGAAUUUCGUCAAUCCCAAGAUCGCUUGUAGAGCACUGCCUUUGUAUGCAGGAGUUCGACUAGGUUUGGAGACUGUGAUUCUUGUUAUUGGGUUCGUUAUGCUGUUCCUCGUAUGCUCAAACGGAUUUUGUAGCGUUGUUAUGCAGGUAUCUGUCGAUGUGUUCCGCGGAAGAGAUGUCGUUGUUCUAGGGGGAAAGAGAUAUAAAAGAGGUGAGGUUUUGAUUCUAGCUCACCAGGAACAUCCACUCCAUCAGUUUUCACUACCUUACAUUAUACACAAAUCCAUUUUCUUGCAUCUUUCUUGUGAUACCAAUUAUUCAUUUUAUCUACUUGUACAAUGUCAUCCAAGCAUGAAGAAGGCAACUCCCUCGACAAGCUCCAAACUCGAGAACAAAUAGACCUCCUUGAUACUAUCGACAGUCUUCGUAAUCAAGGCCUUGCACACCACAAUAUUAAUCUUCCGCAACUCAUCGUGUGCGGAGAUCAAUCUUCAGGAAAGAGCUCCGUUCUCGAAGGUCUCACUCGACUCAAGUUUCCAACCAAAGAAAAAACCUGCACUGCCUUCGCAACUGAGCUGAUUCUGCGAAAGCACCCCGUGGUCGCCAUCUCAUGCAAGAUCGUUCCAAACAACAAUCGCCAACCCGCACAUAAAGAGCAACUCGAAAAUUUCCAGAGAUUUUACUCGUCUCGCGAGGAUUUUAAUUUCGCUGCGCUUAUUGAAGAUGCGAAAACGUGCAUGGCAAUCGGUCUUGACAACAAGUUUUCUGAAGAUGUACUGCAGGUCAAGUACACCGGGCCGGAUCUACCAUCAUUGACUAUUGUCGAUCUACCGGGUAUCAUCCAUCAUGAUGACACCAAAGAUGGGGUGAAGACGGUCAGAAAUCUUGUUGAGCGGUACAUGGCCAACGAAAAGUCCAUCAUUCUAGCUGUACUGCAUGCGACUACGGACACAGAAACACAAAGUGUGCUCGAGUAUGUUAAGAAUCACGACCCUCACGCCUUCCGCACUUUGGGUAUCAUUACCAAGCCUGACAAGAUCGAUGUUGGGUCCGAAACCGAACAAGCUUAUUUGCAACUGGCACGGAAUGAAUCCAUGACACUCAAAUUGGGCUGGCACGUAGUCAAAAACCGAGCUUUUGGCGAACUAGAACAGACCGAUGACGAGAGAGAUGAAUCAGAACGACAAUUUCUCAAUAGAGGUGUCUGGGCAUCGCUCCCACGAACAAAUGUGGGCAUUGAACAGCUCAGGGCGAAGCUGUCCCGAGUUCUGCUUCAUCAUAUCUGCGAAGAAUUGCCUUCGCUCAGACAGGCCAUUCAAAGUGCAGCAACAGCUACAGAAGCCUCGCUCAAGGCGCUUGGAACACCCCGCGACGAGCCCCAACAGCAACGGACUUUCCUCAUGGCAAAAGCUCAACGCUUUCAAGAGCUCACACGUGACGCUCUGCGAGGAUUAUACAGCGAUCCGUUCUUCGCCAUUUCCCCUUCCUCCACUACCGUUCCACCUACGCGCCUCCGGACUGAGAUCCACAACCUGAACUUAGCCUUCACCCAAGCUAUGUACCAAAAAGGUCACCAAUACAACAUCUCCGAUUCAGGCUUCACCAUUGGCGACCCUUUGAACCCACAACCAUUCUCCACAAGCAUCGCCGCAGGCUACGAAACCUUUCCCGACCCCACACCAAUCCCACGAACUGCCUUCCUUAAAGACCACAUCGAAAUUCAAAUCCGUCUUAGCAGACCAUCUGGACUCCCUUCCCUCGUCAAUACAUGGGUUAUUGGCGAAGUUUUCCGCAUGCAGUCUAGUCUCUGGGAAGCCAUCGCCCGACAACACCUCAACAGCGUCUACCAAGCAGUCCACACCUACAUUGACGAGAGUCUAAGUAGAACUAUGGAUGAAGACACCUACGAAGCGACCAUGCAGACUAUCGUCGAUCCGGAUCUAGAAGCAAGAUGGCAGCGUCUAGAGUCGAAGCUAGAUGAGUUCCUGGUGCCGUAUCAGAGUCGGGAGCCUAUCACGUACGAUCCGACGUUUACUGGGGAUUUGCACGAGUUGAGGAUGAAAAGACUAAUGAAACGGCAGAGGGGUGUGGGAAAUGAUGGGGGGAAUGCGCAGCAUGUGGGUGCUGUUAGGGCUUCUUUGGCGUCACCUUCGGCGCAGUUGUUGACGGAGACUAUGGAUGAUUUCACGUCGAUGGAGAUUUUGGAUUUGAUGGAUACUUAUUAUAAGAAAUCAAUCUCAGUCUUCAUAAGCAACAUCACCGUCCUCGCCAUCGAAAACUGCCUGAUUCACUCCCUCCCCUCCAUACUCUCCCCAGAGCUCGUCAUCAACCUAUCUGAGGAUGAUCUCGCCGCAAUCGCUUCCGAGUCCGAAGCCGUGACGCGCGAGCGCAGCGCGCUGACACGCAAGUUAGCGGCAUUGAAAGCCGGGAAGGCUACGCUGGAGUCGCUUGGUCGGAAAUCUGGAAAGAUGGGUGUAUAUAGCAGUCCUCGAGCGCCCUCACGACAGCAACCAUCGCCACAGCGAGGAACCCGUAGACCCGCGUCGCGUACCCCUGAGCCUGUUAUACCGCAGAUUAUUCGACCACAGACACCAGUAUCCGGUUCUCUUGCCUCGUCAGAGGAUGAAGAAGGUACAUCUAGUCUCCCCAAGUCUACCAUCGUACUCCAAACCCCGUUCUUAACUUCAUCCCAUCGCAAAAAAACACUUGAUAGAAACCUCCCUAGCUAA